CAACGCAAGAGACCGGGAAGCUUGUCGUUGCGCGUCGUCUGCUAGCUUAGAAUUUUAGAAACAGAAAAUCUAGUAGGAAAUCAUGGCAGCAGUAGCGGUUUCUAAAGAUUCCCUUGAAUCGGAUUCUGACAUUCACAUUACGUUAGAAGACCAACAGAAAAUCAACCGGUUUGCACGACAGAAUGCAAAAUGGGAGGAGCUGAGGGAUGACUUGAAACACAAAAAGGGAGAUCUUCAGAAUUUGGAAGAUGCAUCAGAUGAUCUACUUCUUGUCGAAGAUGAAUCUGCCCCUAUUCCUUUCGUUGUAGGUGAAGUCUUUGUGCACUUCAACAUGGAAGAAGCUCAGGAGAAACUUGAAGAAGCCAAAAGUAAAGUAAAAAAAGACAUUGAAUCCAUUGAAGCCGAAUGCACGAACGUUAAAUCCAUCAUGAGCGAUCUGAAGACGCAAUUGUAUGCCAAGUUUGGUAAUUCCAUCAACUUGGAAGCUGAAGAGGAAUAAACGAUCCAGUGCUUUCCCCUGUUACAUGAAGAACAAUACAAUAAAGAAAAUGGA